AUGGCGCCCGCAAGACCAUUGAAACGACAAAAGACCAACCCGUCCGAGGUCCCCCAAUCAUCCCAGGUGAACGCGACCCAAGCUCCUCUCCCUCCAGACCCUCCACCUGCAGUAGCCGUGUCGAAUAAUAUUGAAUCGCCCACGUCGAAAUCGGAGGCUCGUUCAUCCUUCUUCAGCCGGACAUGGCCUCGAAAAGCCGCACCCUCAACGAAUGUCGCUCGCGAAAGUGCCUCAUCCGUUGGCGUUGGUAGCGCUAGUGCGACCCAAGAAACCAUUGCAGUGAUCAGGGACAAAAUCAAACCACAGCGCUCCCCUUCAAUAGCCAUGACUUUGGGAAAGUCCCCUUCGAACCAAUCCAAUCGAUCACUACCAGCAAACGCUACCACCACCAUCGUCAAUGCUACUCCCAAAAGCCCAACACAACCUGGUCAAGCAAAGCCCGAGGCAGGGCUCCCAAAGAAGUCCGGGAACGACGAGCUGGUUGAUCAGCCAAAGGCGGAUAACGAAGGCACUCCCCUCCUGAGCACUGAUCUGGGUCCGAAAUCACAGCCGGAGAUAUCACCCCCAGAAGAACCUCAAGGGCCAACCACACAAGAGACACAGGCGGGUUGGCUUGCUUGGCUUUCAAAGAAGGAUGUCCCAGAUGCCAAAUCUACUGAAUCAGAGCCGGUAAGAGAACAGCAAAAAAGGGACACGUUGAACCCGUCCAUCAAUGGACCGAUCCAUGGAUCCGUCAAAGAGCCAGAUACUGCAGCUACCUCCUCAGUUCAGGUCCCACAGCCCGAGGAACCAGUGAAGGAGGCUGCAGAACAGGCAGAGCCAAAUAACAAACGGAGUUGGUAUCAAAUGUGGAACAACGAAACGUCCACCCAGCUACUCAAAUCUGACCAGGAAAAUCAGUCCAAGACUAUCAACACGUCUAAUGACCCGCCGCAGCGUGAAUCAGCACAAAAAUUGAACAUCCCGAGCACCCCGAAGCCGAAAGAUGUAUCCCAGGCCUCCUCGCUAGAAACAUCUCCACCACCCCCUCUUCCUGGUGAUUCUUCAAAGUCUUCGGGAUGGGUCUUCUGGUCGCGGGAUCGGAACAGACCAAAUACAGUAAAGUCUGAUAAGGAGCCGCACGUUGGUGAAAUUGCUAUCUCUGAUACCCCCUCACAAGCCAGACCCAAACGAGCAUCCAUAAGCCUUCAGGACGAUGAGCAGAAGCCUAUUUUACAAAAACCCACCAAGGAUACACCGGCCAAAAAAGUCAAGGACUCAACAUCUACUGAAGUGAAAGGCAGUCCUGCUAAGAAACAGGAUGCGAAAAAAGAACCUGCUGACAGUGCAGCCUCAAUACCAAAAUCAACUAAGACCACAAAAUCAAGUACAUCCACCACCAAAGCUGAGUCUUCAAAUGCGGUUGCCAAAGCGAGAGACCCUGUUCAAGUCGACACUCCUAGGGCUGCUUCACCUGCACCAUCCAAGAAGGAAGUUCCCAACGCACUAUUGCCACGAUUAGAAGACACGCUUAGCCACAAAGAAAAUCCGUCUAUUUUGCAACAGCUUGCGAGGUUACUUUACUAUACGAAGGAGCCCGAAUUCAAGCACCUCCAUAUUGUUAAAGACCCACCACGGAUAGCAAAUGCACUUGCAAUUGGAGUUCAUGGGUAUUUUCCAGCUCCUUUGAUUCGAAGUGUCCUGGGUCAACCGACUGGCACCUCUAUCAAAUUUGCCGAUAUGGCGGCUUCAGCAAUCAAGAGAUGGACAGCAAAGCAAGGCUACCAUUGUGAAGUCAAGAGUGCAGCUCUUGAAGGUGAAGGUCGAAUCGCUGAACGUGUCGAACUUCUCUGGAAACUUCUUCUGAACUGGAUUGAUGAGAUCCGCAAAUCUGACUUUGUCAUGAUUGCUUGCCAUAGCCAGGGAGUUCCAGUUGCCAUCAUGCUAGUUGCAAAGCUGAUUGCUUUUGGCUGCAUCAGUGGUGCUCGGGUCGGAAUAUGCGCAAUGGCAGGUGUCAACAUGGGGCCUUUCCAAGAAUACAAAUCUAGAUGGAUCAGCGGCAGCGCUGGUGAGCUUUUUGAGUUUUCGGACCCCAAUAGCAAAGUUUCCCUCGACUACAUGGCAGCGACUGAAGAAAUCUUGAAGCACGGGGUGAGGUUGACAUAUACUGGGAGCAUAGACGACCAGCUCGUCUCUAUGGAAUCUUCCAUUUUCGCCCCAAUUACUCACCCACAUAUCUACCGAGCAGUCUUCAUUGAUGGUCGGAUCCACGCGCCAAACUUUCUGUCACAUCUUGUUGGAUUUGCUCUAAAGCUGCGGAAUGUUGGUGUGCCAGAUCAUGGCUUGAUUCGGGAACUAUCACCUCCUCUUGCGGGAAGCCUGUACUCGGGAGAAGGGCAUUCGCGGAUAUAUGAAGACGAUACCGUUUACGACUUGGCCAUUUCAUUUGCCUUGGAAACGAAUGCACUCAAGGAUAUUGAUGUUUCCAAGCGACCAACUACCAGUAAUCCUGGAAAUCCCUACAUCUUGCCUUUUGCGAUGCGAGGCAUUCUAGAAGAAGAUUAUGUCAAAACCGAACUUCAGCACGAGGCGCGAGAAUUAUUAGCACAGUUUGAUGAAUGGAAACCAAACACCAAAGCGUUGAAGGACGUGAAAUUCCGCCUGGAAGGGAUUAGAUCAAAACUCUGA